AAAAGAGAGAAGGAAGAAGGAAGAAAGAGAAAAGGAGAGGAACAACAAGCUUCGAGCUCCUUCAACAAUUCUCGAAGUUUCAAACCCCAACCUCCUGUCAAGGGACUAUCAUGCUAAAGAGGAAAGUUUGUGGAUCUAACUGUUAAAGGCACAAAAGGAGAACAAAAGUGGAUCAGGCUGAAAUUUCGAACCCUUGUGCUGGCCCAAAUCGGCAGCGAUGAACCCAUAAAAAAGGGUCCAACCCACAAGCUCUCCAAGGCCCACUCGUUCAAAAAAUCUUUCUCCUAAACACACCAGAGGGAGGAAUAUUGAAAGAGAUGUAAACCCCUCUACCAGGCAUGCUCCCUGGGAGUAUUAACCAUAAAUCUUCCUUAAAUCAAUGGAUUUAUAACGAUCAUAGCUGGGUUGAAAGAGGAAAAUUUGAAGUUUUUGCUUUCGCUGUGCCUUCUUUAAGCACAACACUUUCGUAUCCGCCAAGUUCGCACCUCACAUUUUUCUCCCUCAAUUCCUCUAUUCUCAUCUACACGUUCCAUCUUAUAUCAAUUCACCGAUGCCUUCUCCAUGGUUAAGCAUGACACACAAUGACAAGUGAGACCCUCAUGACUAUUUGGAGUCCUGAUUGAUCGAUUCUUGAGGCCUAUGAUAAGAACACGUGUUCGAGUGGUACUCGCCGAACUCGCAGAACUCAAAUGAUUUCAAAGUAAUCUCUUGAGUUGGCCACGGAUUUGGGUACAUUGAUCUUGUGGAUGCCAGAUCAGGGCCAUAUGCAUCAACCGAAGUCCCAAAUUGCACCAUGAGGAUGUAUCGGACCAUGAAGACUCAAAUUUGCAGUAAAUAAAAGAUGAAGGUCCGACAAUAUUUGGGGUAGGUUUUGAUAAUUCGGUAAUUUUUAUCACAUGGGGUUGAGAUUGUCUGGCUAUAAAUAGACAUUUUUAGAGUAAUUUCUGGGAAGGAAGGUUUUCUAUUUUUGGGGGAAUUUUAUGUUUUUGAGAGGGGGGGCAGAGGGAAAGAAACACAAGGCGAUUCCCGGUGUGGUUAGCUUGCUGUUAUUCAUCUGAUCUACUUCUUUCUAGGUAUAUCUGCUAACAACGGAUCUCUGGAAAUAGAUCUAGGAAGGAUGAGGGGAAUUACUCUACGGGUAGGGUACCCCAAAUCCAAACUUGAACCUGUCUCCCAAUCUUCACCUUUUAAGAGUUUCAUUUUUGUGUUUAUUUGAAUGCAGAUUAGUGGAAACUUCUUCGUACUUACGAAUAAAAAUGUGCUUUAUGC